AUGGCUUCGGUAGCUGUUGAUUAUUCUGGAUCUCCACAUUUUGAGCCAAAACCCCAACAAACUAUAUUCACUGAGAAAAACAACGUCGAGCCGGGGGACUCCGACUCGCAGGAGUUCCAUGAAGGGUGCAUUCCUGUCGAUGACUUGAUUUGUCGGGAAAAAGUUAGUAACGCAGAAAUCCACGAUAAAGGAUACUUGGAAUAUGGGUGUUCCCAUUAUCGUCGAAGGUGCCGCAUUAGGGCACCGUGUUGCAACGAGAUUUUUGAUUGUCGUCACUGUCAUAAUGAAGCAAAGAACAAUAUUUGCAUUGACCAAAAGUUCAGACAUGAUGUCCCUCGCCACCAAGUACAGAAGAUCAUAUGCUCACUUUGUGACACUGAACAAGAGGUUCGACAAUUUUGCAUUAAUUGUGGAGUAUGCAUGGCUAGAUAUUUCUGUGGAAUCUGCAAGCUAUUCGAUGAUGAUAUAUCAAAAGGACAGUUUCACUGUGGUGGGUGUGGCAUAUGCAGGGUUGGAGGGUCAGAGAAUUUCUUCCAUUGUGAUAAUUGUGGAUGUUGUUACUCGAUCCUUCUGAAAAACAGCCACCCCUGCGUGGAGAGGGCAAUGCAUCAAGACUGCCCAGUAUGCUUUGAGUACCUAUUUGAGUCGAUGAACGAUGUAGCUGCUAUGCCAUGCGGGCACACCAUUCACCAGAAAUGCUUGGAAGAUAUGCAGGAACACUAUCAAUAUGUUUGCCCCCUCUGCUCCAAAUCAGUUUGUGAUAUGUCAAAGGUGUGGGAGAAGUUUGACCUGGAGAUUGCAGCUACACCCAUGCCAGAAUCUUACCAGAACAAAAUGGUUUGGAUUCUCUGCAACGAUUGUGGAGCCAAUUCGAAAGUGAAAUAUCAUGUUGUGGCCCAGAAAUGUCCUAAUUGCAAGUCCUACAACACCCGUCAAACAAGAGGCAUUCGCAUAUAG